UAAACCACUCUAGUUUUAGCUCAUAAACCCUAAAAAUUUCAUCUUCCGCUUUCUUCUUCGGCUUCUUCCACCAGCUAUGAAUGCCCAUUAUUCGUCUUCAUCUCUAAACACCUUGAAGCCCCAUCUCUCUGAAAAUGAAGCCAACUGAAGAAGAAGAAGAACAAGGCUUCUUUCUAUUCAUCAUCAUCUUCCCCAAGAUGCUGUUAUUUCUUCGCACUCUGUUCCACACAAGUUGCAGAGUCUCCUCCCUUCGAGUAAGACCUAAAUACCCAUCGUCUAAUUCCUGCUUUAUCAAUGCAUCAUCAUCACUAUCAUCAUCGCAUGGUUCUCUCAUAGCUUCUCCUUUGGUUUGGUUCACCAGUUUCUUCUGUAUUAUUCGCUUCCCAUUUGUCACUAAAUCCAAUCCUGAUAUGGUUCAAGAAAACUUAAAUGUAGAAUCUUUGAGUCGAAUUGUUCAGCAGGACUUUUGGGACGACCCCAGAAUUGUUAGUGUGUUUGGUUCGGCAUUGGCGCCGAUUUGGGUGUCAAGGUUUUUGGUGGAACUGAGAAAAGAUCCCAACUUGGCAUUCAAGUUGUUCAAAUGGGCGAAAACCCGGACCGGGUUUUGCCACACUACUGAGUCUUAUUGUAUUUUGGUUCACAUACUUUUUGUUGGUAGAAUGUAUAUUGAUGCCCAUGAGGUUAUUAGAGAGUUAGUGUUGUUGAGCCGGGGGUUGCCGGGUUUUGAUGUGUUUGAUGGGCUGUGGGAGACCAGGAAUGUUUGUCGUCCGGGGUUUGGAGUGUUUGAUGCCUUGUUUAGUGUCUUGGUUGAGCUAGGAAUGCUUGAGAAAGCAAGUGAGUGCUUCUUGAGGAUGAGGAAGUGUAGAGUUUUGCCGAAAGUGCGAUCUUGUAAUGCCCUUUUGCACGGGCUUUCGAAGUCAGGGAAGGGGAAUUUGUCAAGGCAGUUUUUUAAGGAUAUGCUUGGGGCUGGGAUUUCCCCUUCUGUUUUCACAUUCAAUAUAAUGAUUGGAUAUACGUGCAAAGAAGGCGAUUUGGAAACCGCAAGAAGCUUGUUUGCACAAAUGAAACAGUUGGGUCUUACACCUGAUAUUGUGACAUAUAAUUCUCUUAUUGACGGAUAUGGAAAGGUUGGAUUAUUAGAUGAUUCAGUUUGCAUAUUUGAAGAAAUGAAGGAUGUAGGUUGUGAACCUGAUCUAAUAACAUACAAUGCUUUGAUUAAUUGUUUUUGUAAAUUUGAAAAAAUGCCUCAAGCUUUCAAUUUUCUCCGCGAGAUGAUGAGUAAUGGCUUGAAACCGAAUGUCAUAACGUAUAGCACAUUGAUUGAUGCCUUCUGUAAGGAAGGGAUGAUGCAAGAGGCAAUUAAGAUUUUUAUAGACAUGAAACGAGUUGGUCUUUCAGCUAAUGAGUUCACCUAUACUUCUUUGAUUGAUGCAAGUUGUAAAGCUGGAAAUUUGAGCCAAGCACUGAAGUUCAGAAAUGAGAUGUUAGAGGCAGGAGUUAGCUUCAAUAUUGUAACUUAUACGGCUCUACUGGAUGGGCUGUGUGAAAAUGGGAAGAUGGAGGAAGCAGAAGAAGUUUUUAGGGAGGUGCUAAACUCUGGAAUAAUUCCUAACCAGGAAAUAUGUACCGCCCUUGUUCAUGGGUAUGUUAAGACUAAGAAGAUGGAGAAUGCUACAGAAUUCUUGAAGGAUAUCAAGGGGAAAGGCUUUAAACCAGAUUUGUUACUUUAUGGAACCAUCAUUUGGGUCCUUUGCUCUCAAAAUAAGGUUGAAGAGGCUGAGCUUGUAAUCAGUGAAAUCAAGGAUUGUGGUUUAACUGCAAAUCAUUUCAUUUACACAACACUUAUGGAUGCUUAUUUCAAGAAAGGAAACACCAAUGAGGCACUCAAUGUUUUACAGCGAAUGCUGGACAACAAUAUUGAGGUUAGUGUGGUAACAUAUUGUGCACUAAUUGAUGGUUUGUGCAAAAAGGGGUUGCUCCAAGAGGCCAUUACUUAUUUUAGGACGAUGUCCAACAUUGGCUUGCAACCCAAUGUUGCAGUUUUUACGGCCUUAAUUGAUGGUCUUUGUAAAGGUAGUUGCAUUGAAGCAGCUAAGGAGCUGUUUAAUGAAAUGCUAGACAAGGGUAUGAUUCCAGAUAAAGCUGCUUACACCACUCUAAUGGAUGGAAACUUAAAGCAUGGAAAUCUUGAGGAAGCUUUGAGCAUGCACAGGAGAAUGAAAGAAAUUGAUAUGGAGCUUGACCUGCAUGCAUAUACUUCCUUGAUUUGGGGGCUUUCUCACCUUGGUCAGAUGCAACAAGCAAAAGCAUUCCUUGAUGAGAUGAUUGGGAAGGGUAUAAUUCCUGAUGAGAUUCUCAUUGUUUGUCUUGUAAGAAAAUACUAUGAGCUAGGGAAUGUGGAUGAAGCCAUCAAGUUGCAGACUGAAUGGCAAAACAGGGGUCUAAGAACUGGAACUUCUAAUUUUGUGUUUCCUAAUGCAAGAACUUAAGCGGGGCUAAUUGAUAGUUAUCCUAGCUUGGUUGUUGAGUUGGAUAUCUGAAUUGGACACAAAGAAUGAUUUUACUGCUAGUCUCCUACUACUUGGAAGCACAUGUACUCGGAGACUAUUUGAAUUGGUUUCUGGCUGGAUAGGAUGAUUUUUUUGCAGAAGUUGUGCUUCAUGCCUCCUGAUGAACCACGACAACGACCAUCAAGACAUAUUAAAGCUUCUUUAUGGUCUAACUAGGCUAAGUCUGCUACUUUCAAAACCCUCAAUCUCUUUCCAGGGUGAGCUUUUGUUCCCUGUUCAGGUGUAUCAUCUAUAAAGCAAGUCAGUAAAUUCUGCUCACAUUUGCUUCUCAAAUCCUUCAAGGUGCUGUAUCCUGAACUAACUGCUGUAAAACACAUGGCAGCUAGAAUUUAUGAAGGUAUGUCAGGGCUAACAUGGAGUCAGCAAUACGAAAUCAAGGAAAUGAUUGACCCGACUGAGUUGAACCGGAAAUGAAUGAUGCUUUCGACCGGCCACACUAGCAAGACGGCAGGCAGCAGUGAUGACAGCAAUGGUGAUGGCAAGGACAGUGUUGGUGUUACUCAGCAACAAUAGUUCUGGCAGUAUCAGCUAUCAUGUUGUGGUUGGGGUGGUAUUGAAGACAUCAGUGGUGAUGGGAGUGCAGCUGUAUUUCCGUGGUUGUGGCAUGGUGAUGCCGGUGACAGUGAUGUGGUACAUUACUAGAGGCAGUGGAGGCUGAGUGGGAUCUCUGGAAUCUGGACAUACAUAUCAAGCACUCAAAUGUGGCCUUCACUUUAAUGUUUUUGUUUCUGACCUUUUGCCAUUUAUGGGGUCAGGUUUAUACCUCCUCGCUUUAUCGCAUAGAAGUAGGAUAGCUUCCAAAAUCUUUCCAUUUGGUUUUUAUCGAAGUUGUAUGCAAUGCGAUCAGUUUUCCAGUAAUUGACAUCUGUGGUGAAUAGUUUGUACCUCAUAUUCAGUGAUCAAUGAUAUAUGGUUCUAUCAGUUUUCAGAGA